AUGUCGACCAAGAUCAUUGCCGUCACCGGCGCCACCGGUUCCCAGGGUGGUGGUGUCAUCAACAUCAUGAAAAACGUGCCCGGCUGGAAAAUCAGGGCUAUCACUCGGAACCCUUCCAGCAAUUCCGCGGUCAAAUUGUCUCAGGCUGGCAUCGAGGUUGUCCGCGCCGAUUUUGACGACGAGACUUCUCUCGUGAAGGCAUUUGAUGGAGUUCAUGCCAUCUUCGCCGUCACCAACUGGUGGGAGUAUCUUUUCUCUGGCAAGUCGCAAGAUGAAGCUGGAGCCAUCGAAGAGGAGCAGGGCAUGAAGCUGGCGCGAGCAGCUGCUCAGACCCCCACUCUUGAGCAUUAUAUCUGGUCGAGUCUCCCCAGUGCCAAGAGAACUACUGGUGGAAAGCUCACCGUUUCUCAUAUGGACUACAAGGCCGAUGUGGACGUUCGAAUCAAGGCAGAACUUCCCAAGCUGGCUGAGAAGACGACCUACCUGCUCUUCGGCUACUAUCCCGCCAAUAUGGCAUUUCUCCCGAUGAUGAAACCCGUCGAACUGCCCGGCAGCGGUCAAUUUGUGCAGGUCAUCCCCACGAAGCCCGACGCCAAGGUCCUGAACGCCGGUGACGUUGGAGUGAAUCCCGGUAUUUGGGUGCGCCAAAUCCUUGCGAACGGGCGCAAGGCGUGCGGCAAGAACGUGAACUUGGCUCUAGAAAAGCUCACCUUCCAAGAGAUGAUUGACAUCUGGUCGGAGGUGACCGGAAAGAAGGGCGCCAUCAUGGAGUGCUCGCUAGAGGAUUACAGAAAGGUCUGGGGAGUUGGAGGUUACGAGUUUGGACUGCAGUUGAAGUUCGGUGAGAUGUGCGACCCCUGGAAGGAGACGGAGGAGUUCGUGACGGCCGAAGAACUGGGGAUCCGUCCGGAGGAAGUGGUCGGUUUCAGAGGUGCUAUUGAAGCUCUCAAGUCAUUCUUUUGA